UCCAGGAGCCUCCAGGACCGCGCACCGCCCUCGCUGGCCCGGCCCAGAGAAGCUCUCCCCGCCUCGGGCCGAGCGGACCCAGCAGCGCGCUCUCUGUCCCUGUCCCGCCCCAUCCCGUCCGUCCUGCCCCUUUCAUCUCCGUCUCGUCUCGUCCCACCCUGCAUGGCCGCGGUCUCUCGGGCACCCGCGGCCCGAGGGCAGGGCCACAGCCAUGUACCCCGCAGGACCAGCACCCGUCGUGACCUCACGGUGGGGGACACAGAGCUGGAGAAUGCUGGAAGAGCCCCGACCCAGCACAGCAGGUUCCUGAAGGUGUGCGAUGGAAACGCUCGUGGGACCCAGCGGUGCCCGAUGCCGGGAAGCGCCGUGUGGGCAGGGAGCAGCCCUGGAGUCCAGAGCACUCCGGCCUCCCACAGGCGCUUAAGCUCAGUCCUGGAUAAAGUGGCACGACUAGAAAGGAAAAUCACGGGUCAAAAAAAGCACCUGGAAUUGCAGAACACUGACUCGGGCCUGAAGCCUUUUGUUGAGGAGAGCUCUUCAUCUGCCUCUGGGCAUGAAGGUGGUGCCAGGGGCAAGAAGUACUGGAAGAAUUACGGUACCACCAGUGGGAAUGGGAUCCGCAGGGAUGUCUGUUCUGAGGAAGAGCAAAGCAUCCAAAGCCCUAAAAGGAACAUUACAGUUAAACAACAGCUUGAUCUGGAUAGUGAUGAAGAGGAAAUGAGAGAAUUGAUGGAGAGCUCUUUGGGGUUUUCCAGUAGAAAUGGGAAUCAGAAGGUUCUGAGCAAGACACCAGUUCCAUCAGGAAGGGCUCCUCCACCUCGCAAGGAAAUUUCACCAGCAGGUUUAUCUAAAGCAUCUUCUUUUCACAACGAAGACUCAGAGAAAAGUGUGUUUGGUAGAAUUAAUUCACCAGCACCUUCACCCACCAGCAGAAACGUGUCAGGACAUACCACGAGAUCUCGAUUGCUGUCAUCUUCCAUGAAAGACAACGCUGUAAAGAUUGCUCGGCCUAAAGCAGGCUACACCAAGCAAAGGCAAGAAUCCCUUGAAAGUGACAGAAGUGAAAUAAAAUCAUUAGAUGAAUUAUUUUCUGAAGGAGCUGAUGCAGAAGAUCCAACCUGCAGCAGCUCAAAGUGCUUCAGACUGAAUAUCCUGAGCCUUGAUGAUUUGGCACCAGAUAUUACCAGUAUGGCAGCAGAAUUAAAGCAGAAAGGAAAAGACAUUCAGUUUACUCAAGAAUCAAACAAAUAUGUGAAAAAAGACACAUUGCUAGUGGAAGAAGACCAGGCUGCUCUUAAAAUGACCAGUGCAGUGACUGAUGUGAGUGAUUUUUCUGAAGAAGAUGUUGAAAAGUGUGUCUCUGAAACUGAAAUCUCUGAACAUUUGAGUGAAGUUUCCUCAGAUCUCCCUCCACACAAACAGGAUCAUCUUAAUGAGGAUGAGAGAACUCUUAAUUCAGAAUAUUCUGAAGACUUUGAAAGGUCUCUGUCUACAGCAGACAGGGAAUCUGUAGACGGACAUGCUGGGAGCUGCACACGUUCUGGGGCACACCCAUCUCCAGCAUCAUCCCUGCUGGUCACCCCAGAGCAGCUCAGCCGGGGACACCAAGUGACGGUGACAGAAGCUGCAGUUCAGACAGCAGAGCCUCCGUUCACCUACUGCUGGGCAAAGGCAAACCCCUCUGCAGUGCUUGCCCCGGCUCUUGGAACCAGCUACAUCGAUCCAGUGCCCAUUGCCAGUCACGUCAUCAGCAGGGAUGCAGUAGAAGCCCUGACCGCGUACAGCCCCUCGGUUCUCCUUUUACACGCCAUGUGCAAGCAGCACGUGAUGCUGACCCAGCAGUUUGUCGAGAGCAUUCACCACCUUCACACAUCCCUCGUGGAGUCAUUAGAGCUUGAGAAGUUCCACUACCAUACCCUGGAAGAGGCUAAAGAGUACAUCAAGAAUCACAAAUCCCCACCUCUAACAAUUGAGGAAGCACUUGAAGAAAUUCGGAGAGCCCGGGAGAAAUAACUGCUUGGACAGUUAUUGAACUUUAAGUGACAUAUUUACAGCUCUAAGGCUGAAACAAGAACCCUUUCCAAGUUGCACAGGUAAAAGGUUAUAAACUGUACUGGAAGGAUUCGUACAAACUGCUAUGUUAGUAUAAAUUAGUUAGUGUAAGGUGCUAUAUAUGACUUACUUUUCUAUCCCUGAAUGUUUUACACACAUACACAAUACAGGGAUACGCAGGAACCUUCAGCCAAACUGUGUCAGCAAAAGAGACAUCAAGAUAACACUUCUGUCUAAUGGGACCGUGGUAAGUCAUCACGGUGCACACCUUUAUCCAGUGAAAUGUGAGAUCUGUGAUCGCAUCUAUGAUCGUGGAAGAAGCGGAAGUCUGUACUACAGCCCCUGAGAAACAUGACCACAGCAGAAAAUCACCAUAUCCUGACUUUAGUGCCAUGAUCCCAACAGCAUUUCUAUAUAAUGCUUCCGUGGGUGUCUCCUCUCCUCACUAAUUGUCAAUUAAUGCAAAACCAGCGCAUCAUCCUUGUCAGAUCACAACAAACCCAUGCACACACUUGCGUAUGUUUAUCAAGACAAAUUCAAAAUAAGGAAGGCUUGUAGACAAGGUACA